AUGGGAAGCAUAUGUAGCUCAGGGCAUAAGGCUUUAGAAACAACGAGGCCAAGAAAUGUGGAUGUACUGGCACCUGGGAAUUUUGUGCAGGAAAAUAGCAGGUCUUUUUAUUCGAUCUAUAAACUUAGCCCUGAUCCACUUGGGUCUGGAGCUUUAGGGGAGAUUCGACUCUGUACUGAUUUAAGAACAGGUGAUACAAGAGCUGUAAAAAUUAUUUCUAAAGCUGGGCUUAAUAAAGCAGAGGUAGACAGCCGCAGUGUUUUCCGUGAAGUGGAAAUCUUAAAGACUUUAGACCAUCCAAAUAUUUUAUUCUUUAAAGAAUAAUAAGGCUAGUUUAUGAUAGACAGAAAUAUUUUAUUCUAUUUAAAAUAGGUAGGCUGCCCAGCAAAAUUGGAUUUUUCUUGCUAUUAAAUAUAAAAACUUUUGAAUAUUUUGAAGAUAGAUCCAACUUUUAUAUAGUCAUGGAGUAUUGUAAAGGAGGCGAUUUAUUUGAUAAAGUUUCACAUAAAUAAAAUGGCAUUCGGUUCGAGAGAAAUUAGCUCUGCUAAUUUUCUCUCCCUCAUGGAAUUUUAUUUAUAGGGUUAGGUUUUCACUCGAAGACUUCUGGACAGCAAUAGCGGUUUAACUCUGGAGAUAACCAGAGGAACCACUCCUCAGUCCACUCAAGAUUUCGGGCUUUUACCUCUCAGCACAUCCCCACGGGAGGAUGACCCUUAGGCGGAACACGCGCAGGAGCUGAGUCGAGCGACAAGGGCGACGGCAACGCGCCGGGUGAGACGUGCAGCAAGGCCGGUGAAGCAGGAGUUGAUAGAAGGCUUGGACGGGGCUGACCCGUGCCAAGAUGGCUCGCCUACGUCAUCAGUUUUGCCAUAGGCCCUUUUGGGCUGCGGCACUAGACACCUUAAACACCAGAUAAUUAAGUAAGUAAGAAAAGAUAAAGUUUCACAGUUAUUAGUAUUUACGGAAAAGCAGGCUGCAAAAAUCAUGAGCCAAGUAUUUUCUGGUCUAAGUUACUUACAUAGCAGAGGGGUUAUCCAUAGAGAUAUGAAGCCAGAAAAUGUGGUGAUAGUUGACGAAGCAGAUGGUAACGAAGGCGACCUUCAAAUCAAAAUCAUAGACUUUGAUAAUGCCACAUUUUAUGAAAUUAACACCCAAAUCACUGGGUCAUAUGGGACUACUUUAUAUAUGGCUCCUGAGGUUUUUGAUAAAAAUUAUAAUGAAAAAUGCGAUAUAUGAAGUUGUGGAGUAAUUUUAUAUAUAUUCUUGAUUUUUUUGAAUUUCGAUUACUAUUUUACUAAUCUUAAGCAUGCUUAUAUAUAAUAUAUUUGUAUACUUCUCUCUGGAACCUCACCAUUUGAUGCCUGAAAUGAUGCUGAAAUUAUAAAACUCAUUAAAAAAGGGAAAUUCAGCUUAGAUGGAGAACGCUGGAAUAAUAUUUCUGAAGAGGCUAAAGAUUUAAUAAGAAAAUUGCUUGUUAAAGAUGUAGAUAAAAGAUUAAACGCAUCUCAAGCCUUCAUGCAUCCAUGGUGCACUUAUCAUCAUAAUUCUAAUGAAAACAAAGAAGAUAUCCGACACAGCAUUUUUCACAUAAACCGACUGCGGAGAGCUUCUAAAUUGAAGCAAGCAAUUCAGACAUUUAUUUUAAGCCAAUUAAUGAAGCCAAGUGAGCUUAAAGCUCAGGAAGCCAUAUUCAGCUCAAUGGAUAUUAACGGCGAUGGAGUAAUUUCAAAAGAGGAGCUUUAUACACAUUUUAAAGAAACUAUGACUGAUGAAGAUGCCAGACUUGAGGCUAAUAGAAUUAUGGAGUUUGUAGAUACAGAUAAUAAUGGUGUUAUAGACUAUACUGAAUUUUUAAGAGCUACAGUAGAAAAAAGAAAAAUGAUAACCAAGACAAAUCUUGAAAAAACAUUUAUGAUUUUCGAUAAAGACGGAUCUGGGUAUCUUGAAGUUAACGAACUUACUCCCCCCCUUCCGUGAGUGAACAAAACCAUUAGAAAAAUCCCUAUUUUUUGCCCAAAAACCCCCCCUCCGUGAGUGAACAAAAAUUUUUUUUAAUAGAAAAAUUUUUUAUGGAAAAAAAUUUGAUACAUAAAUGAUAAUUAGUAUAAUGAAAUCUAGAGCUAAUUCUGUUUAAUUUUAAACGAAUUGCUUUUUAAAACAUAAAUUUUAUAAAUUAAAUUAAUUUUUGCUUUCCAAUUUUUGCGAAUUAGGAUUUUUUUAAAUUUCGAAAAUAAAUAUUUUUUAUAAAAUUUAUAUAUAAAUUUUUUAAAAAAAAAAAUUAAACCCCCCUCCGUGAGUGAACAAAAUUUUUUUGUUCACUCACGGAGGGGGGGGAGUUAGGGAAUGGUUUUCAGGGGACACAAAUAUUAAUGAAGGCCUGCUUAAAGAGUUUCUAAAAUUCCCCUUGGCUAGCGAGCAAUAAUUUUUGUUCACUAAUGGGGAUUAAAUUUGUUAUUUAAAAAUUUAUAUAUAUUCAAUAUAUUUCUGAUUCAAAAUAAUCCAGAUUUGAAAUGAUAAAUAUAAUUUAAUUUUUAGACGGAAAUAAUUCUAAAUUAAAGAGAGUCUGAUAUUAUGCUCGGUAGCCAAGUGUAUUAAUUUUCCUAAAAAUGGGUAUUUUUCUAAUGCAUUUGCUCCGAACUAAUUGGGGUGGUAAAUAACCUACAUGUAACAGAGGAUGGGAAAAUUCAUUUUGAUCAGUUUCAAGAAUAUUUAUAUACAUUUACAAACGAAAGUGAAUAUUAA